GGAAAGCACAACAAAGCACUUGUUCACAGACACAGAACCGUCUCUGCGCGUGGGACGGGACGAAAGAGGGAGCCACCACAGCUAAAGAAGGUCACUAAUAAACAGGUUCAUUUCGUUGCUGAGUUUAUUUCAACCUCUCUGGUCUACAUCUUUACGGAUACAAAGUAAACUCGCAAAACGACGGCGUUUUCGGUACUGCGUUAAGCGCCAACAACCGUCAGUUUUUUUUCUUGUACAUUCAGGUCCCUGCCAUCUUUGAGAGAUGUUUGAGAAGCAGCGUUACGACAGCCCUCCCGUCUACAGUCCUCCAUACAGCCCGGAAUCCAAUGGCUACGGCCCCCCACAAAGCUACCACCCGCCCAGGAGUGAGUUUGACCCAUAUCCACCCCCACCGGGCUCCUACUACAUGGAAGAGAAGCCCCAACACUUCUACAAGUGGAUCUCUCCUCCUGGCAUCGUCAAGGCCAUGUUUGGCACAAUCAUAGUGCUCUGUGUGGGGAUCUUUGCCUGUGUGGCCUCCACCCUUGUCUGGGACAUGCAGUACGGGAUGGGGGGGAUGGGGGGGAUGGGCUCCUACGGCGGAGGGAUGGGCUACGGUGGCGGUUAUGGGGGAAUGGGCGGCGGCUAUGGCUCCAGCUACGGCUCUGGCUAUGGAGGAGGCUAUGGAGGAGGCUAUGGUAGCUCCUACCCGACACCUUACUCGGCCAAAACAACCAUGAUAGCUAUGGCGGCCAUCAACUUCUUUGUAGCGCUGGGAUUCUUCGUGGCCAGUUUCUCUAAAUCGACCACGUUCAGGAGCAGGAAGUUCUUCCUGGUGGUUCUGGUGGUCAGUGCGAUCAUGGCUGUCAUCCAGGGCAUCAUCACCGUUGUGUACGUCGUAGGGGUGAACCCUAUGGCACAGAGCUCUCAGAACAUGAUCUACAACCCUAUGCUGAUGAUGUGCCAGAACCUGUAUGGAAGCAGCUAUUCUAAUAUGGGUGGAGUGGGGGGUUUCGGCAUGUAUAACCAGUACCUCUAUCACUACUGCUACGUGGACCCACAAGAGGGUGUAGCCAUGGUGUGUGGCUUCCUGGUUACCGCUGCCUUGGUCGUGGCUGCUUUCUUCUCCCACAAAACCAGAGGCAAGAUCUGGCGCUACGGCAAGCCCAACAUCUACUGGGAACAGCCCCCUGAGACUGGAGGACUAGUUUCUGAAGGCAGAGAUGUGAAGGACUGGGUGAACAAUGUAGAGGACGAACAAAGUACCCAGGGUGCACCUACCGUGGUGCUGUCAGAGAAGUCCGUCCCCCUCAACGCCUCAGCCAAUAGCAUCAUCUCCUACCCGACCAAGGCUGACAGCAGGGUGUACACUGGAGACACCUACAAUGAUGACGUGUAUUCGGAGCAUCUGGCUAGCCGUCCCUCGGACCAGCCCUCCCAGGGGGCCAGUUCCAGCCCCUCUGAGGAGGCAGGGGGGGUCCGGAAGCCCUCUGCCAACAGGGGGAAGAGGCGCCGGCGCAACCCUGAGCUGGAUGAAUCACAGUACGAAACAGAGUACACCACGGGAGGAGAGACUGGCAACGAACUGGACCCAGAGGAGUGGGAGAGCGUCUACCCAGAGAUAACGUCAGACAGCCAGCGGCAGGAGUACAAGAGGGAGUUUGAUGCCGACCUGAGGGAGUACAAACACUUGUGUGCUGAGAUGGAUGACAUCAGUGACCAGAUGAACAAACUCAGCAGGCAGCUGGACACACUGGACGAGACCUCCGCCCAGUACCAGGUUGUGGCAGAGGAAUAUAAUCGACUGAAAGACGUUAAGAGGACACCAGACUACCAGGCUAAGAAGCUGGAGUGUCGCAAGUUGAGACACAAACUGUUCCAUGUGAAACGUGUGGUCAAGGCCUACGACAAGAGUCUUUCUUAAAGCCACGCUCUCCCUCCAACCCUAUCCACCCUCUCCUAUGUCGUCAUGACAACACCACACUCCUGGACUAAGACUAUGCAGAAACACUAAGAUUAUGUAGAAUGUUGAAAACCAAAGCUCCCUUCUUGGCAUUUACACACACACACACACACACACACACACACACACACACGGUUAUGUGAUUCCUUCUGCCUCGAUUAAUUUCAGACCAGUUCUCUACUCUAUGUGGAUUGCUUCACAGACACUAUCGUGCACUGUGGCGUUGAAAGACUAUAUUCAUAAUACUUCACACGUAACACAUAGCCCACUAGCACUGCCAUAUUCCUAACUGUGCCUAGUGAGUAACAUUGUUGUACAUGCUUGCCUUGAAACACUGCAGCCUAUUUGACUGGAUGGGUGUGGUUAUAAAAGGUCACUUCAAUGUCGUUUCACCUGAGGUGGUCUGUGAUAAAGGCAUUGGGCCUUUGCUGGUUCCUGUUUGCAUUGUUUUAUCUCCACAGAUAAGGCAGUAUCACUGAGUGUAGAAAAGGGCGAGUCAUGCACCUAACCUACUAGAACAAACCUGUGCUGUGUGCUUCAAGCACUCCACAAAAGAAAGCUAAAAUACCCACUGUUUUCUCUUACAAAGGACUGAAUUCUACCUUAUAUUAUGACAGUUGGAGGACCUGCAGUAUGUGAACACUCGGAGCUGCGUUCGUAAAUUCGGUCUGGCUAUCAACCCGGAUUUCAGAGCACUCUAGUCUGAGUGUGCCAGAGCGCAAACAACUGACAACUGUUGAACAUGGCUGGUGUCAGUAAACGUCGGUAAAAAAAAAAGGCGUUAUUAAAUUGUUGCCAGCAGCACAGUUACAGUCACCAACUGGGUAACAUGAAAACAGCCUAAUCAGCUCUGCCAGGGCCAGUCAAGUGGUCAGAGUGAGCUGUUCUCUCAUACGUGUCUGGAAGUAGCUAGCAAGCUAGCCAACGUUAGCCAGUUAGUUUGGGAGCUUGACCGCCAUUGGGAGGUCAGAACGCACGGAACAACCGUAGUCCUCGGCCACAGCGUCCAGUGUGCUUCUCUGAACGCUCCGACGAGAGCGAAACGCUCGGAAUGUACGAACUGACACUCUGACAACACCGCACUCUGAACGUACUCGGGCAUUCCAGAUUGAAUUUUACGAACACACCCUCUGUGGUGUAUUGCCAUGACAACCUCAAUGUUAUGUUUGAGAAAAGUAGGGCUAUGUUUGCAACAUUGUCAGUGAAAUUAGUAUUGUACUGUGUCUGCAGAUAAUUUCCAAUAUCACCAUCUAGACUUCUUCUAAAUAUGUUGUCCAUUGUGAUUAACUGUAUAUUUUGUAUAUAUUUUGGAGUUAAACAGGAUUUAAAUGGUGAAGUAUUUACUAAUAACACAGGAUCAAGAGGAACAAAACGCUUUGUAUUUGUCCUAUGCAUUCUUCAUGUUAGGAGCCGUCUAUCUGAAUUCAUGCCACGUUAACGAGCCAGUCAGAACUAGGAAACACGGACAUUUCCGACUUGCUAACUGGUUGAACGCGGCACGUGUAUAACUUCAACCAGUUAGCAAGUCGGACAUUUGAGUUUCCUAGUUCCGAUGAGUACAUGAACGCGGCGAUAUAGUGACAUUUUGUACUUACUGAAGAGACAAAUGAACUGUUGUCCAGGGUGUUUUCUCAGUGGUCAUUCACAAUGCACUGAUGCUAUGCACAUAUUAACCAAUGACAGGGGCAGUAUUUUAUGAACAAUAUUUGUCUCAUCAUGUGCUCUUUAAACACUGUGGGAAGCAUGCAUCAAUGUGGUAAAUAGAGUAUAUCAAUAAGCUCAACUCUGAUUUGAUUUCUCUGCUGUGAUAUAAUGAUUACCUGUUGAUUAUUAUGUGUUGUCACUGCUCCGCUAAUACACACCUUCUGCAAGGUAAUGCUUCUCAAUGUCAGUUAGAAAAUUAUUUACUAUUUGGAUUAUUUGUUAUUCAUUUGUAUUUUCUAUGAUGAACUGAUGAGUUUUAUGAAGAACAUGUUGUCUUCCACCCCAUUUAUGAGUCCUUUAUUUUUAUAUGAAUUUAUUUCCUUUCAUGUUACUGUAAAAUCUCUUGUAAAAAGGCAUAAUUUCUAAAACGUAUUGAUUGCCAUGAAAAAAAUAAACUUCUGUAAUUCUUUAACAACGGUAAUGUAACAAA